GAUACUUUCCACAUCUAGAUGCAGGGACCCGUCGCGGAGUUAUUUGGGUCUUGCUUGUCCGGAGAGAGGAUUUUGGCACGGUUUUUCAAGGAAUUGCGUGUACGAAUUGGGUGUUGGGUUGAGAGCGAAUUGUGAUUUUGGACACACGGGCGUGUUUGAGUUUUGUCUGGAGCGUUGGAGGCGCGGAUUUGGUGGCAGAGCGUGAGAUUCUGGGUGUUCGGAAUGUGGGUUUGAAGGAUUUUGCAGUAGUUAGGUUUUCGUGGUGGUGUCAGGUUCUGGCUAGCAUUUUUGUGAUCAUGGUUGUUGUUGUUGUUGUUGUUGUUGAGUCCUCGUGGCCUGUAUGGGUUAUGUUGGCUUCUGGUGAUUGUGUGGAUUGUAAGAGAUUGACUCAGGUGUUCCUCUGGUUGUGGAGUACUCCGAGUUAGUCUAGUGUGUUUUAGUAGGCUCGUUGUGGAUGGAGCAAGGGAAUUCUGAAAUAAAUACUUGUGUAUGUAAGUGAGAGAUAGAGCGAGAGGGGGAGAAUGAGUGAGACAGAGAAAGAGAGCCAAGUGGAGCGGGGUACAAUACACAUUCUCUGAAGUUGCCGUCGUAGUAUAAUGUUACUUAACUUAAGUAGACUUUUAUCAGUUGUGGAACUGCGUCCCAAUCUCUACCUCACUACACAACACUUUCCUAUUGUUAUCAAUAUGUUGGACAAGGGAUUGCACGUCCUCGGGAUUGUGUGGGGAUGUUACUGUCAUGACUGUUUAUUUCCAUAUGAAUACCAAUGGAGGAUCACUGGUAGAGCUUAGCGGGCCGUGAACAAAGAUUUCCGUGUACCUGUAGUGUGGUCUUUGCAGAUCAUUAAGAUGUCGACAACUGCUCGUAGCUCCUAAGCAAAUUCAGUGAUGGGACGCAAUGAGAGUGCAGUACAUACGGAUGAAGGAUUGGACUCAAUUUCAAUGAUCAGAAUGAACGAGAUCGAGAGUUCCGUUAAGACUAGUGUGAUGUCUAUCCCUGAUAGCCUCCCAAUUGUGUACAAGCGGAAGGAUCCCUUACCUAGUCCUAAGGCUGCACGUUCUUUCUCAGGUGUAUCGACUGUACUUAAGUCCGCCGGUUAUGCUGUUGGACAGGGCAAAACCUCUUCGUCAGGAUCCUUACCGAAGCAAUUGACCCUGGAGAAGUUUUGGGGUGGUAAGACUAGCUCAAAGGUUGUAGAUUCACCCGCUUUGAAAAGCAAUGAAGCGGAUUCUUCAAUGCAAUGUGAGGCCGUUAGAAUCGCUAAUCAAACCCCAAUCCCAUCUUAUCCGAUCAAGCAGUUUCAUUUAAAGAAACACCCAGUUGAGGCCCUGAGUGGCGAUCGGGAUUCUGUGGAAAUACCUACUUUGGCGCGGAAGGAAAUGGAUAUGGCAGAAGUGUUACUCAAAGCUGGUCCGAUUUCAGAGGAAGUAGCCGUUGGUGCUAGCGCAACUCCGAAAAAGAGACAGCGAUUCGAAGUAGCCCCGAAAGAGGCGACCAAGAGGAGAGGUCAAGAUAAGCCCCGUCCAGGUAAACGGCCAAGGAUUGUAUUGGGAAGGAACCGAAGAGUCAAAGUGGAGCUUCUUGCAGGUUCUAACCAUGGACCUGAGAUGGUGGAGUCUCCUCAGGAUAGUGCGUUGGGAGUCCAGGAAUGUCAAGCUGCACUAUCAGAUUCUCAUCCUGCGAAUGCCGAUGCGGAUGUAGGAAAUUUGGAGAUUGUCUGUGGGAGACACUCUCAUGCAUUCCAGAGGGUGGAGGUGACUGAAGAUGUGGAGGUGAUUGCUGACGCUCCUUGUCCAAGUCAUAUCCCUCCGAUAGCGAGUAUCCCGCUGAAAAAAUGCAUUCAUCAAGAUACGAUGCGUGGAACGACACCUGAACCAGGAAUGCCUAUGAUGCCAGCGACACCAGUAAACACAAGGCCAAAGAAGUCUCGAAAACGAAAUCAGAAAGUAGAUGCUGGGAGUAUACAAGAGCUCGCUGUUUCCGGCGGAAUGGACGCAUUCACGCGAAGACUGCUGGGUGCUGUGCAGAGUUUUAAGAUACUAAAAGAAAACCAACGUCAGUGGAUGGAGGUUGACUUGAGCUUGAUUCAUCCUGUAGCCUUGAUUGGUCGAAUUUGCAAAGUUUAUUGGCCCUUGGAUGACGAAUGGUAUCCAGGUGUAAUCCAUGACUACAACCCUCUAACUAAGAAGCACAGGAUUGAUUACAAAGAUAAUGAAUUGGAAAUGGUUUUAGUUUCGAAGGAACGCUUUCAGUUGAAAGUCUCCCCAGAAGAGUUGGUUGAGCUGGAAAUUUCUGCAGGUGGUAAAUUGCUGAAGAGAGCAGACCCAGUCGAGGAGGUGGGAUCUACGGCUACCGAUGAAGAUAGAAUUUUUAACUUGGGGGAUAUUGUUUGGGCCAAAGUGAAGGGUUACCCCAUGUGGCCAGCAAUUGUGAUGGAUGAAGACCAUGCAAGUGCCUGUGAUAUGGAGCCUGGAAAGAAAGGCAUGAUUCCGCUGCAGUUUUUUGGCAGCUAUGAUCAUUGUAUGUUCAAUGAGAAAAAGCUAGUGCCCUUAGAAGAAGGUCUAAACCUCAAAUACCAUACGAAAUGUAAACGGGUGGCCUUUGUGCAAGGAUUGGAAGAAGUGGAGAUGUACUUAACAGAGUUCAAGCUUCCUAAUAGCAUGGCUCACCUGCUCGUUUGCGUGGACGAUGUUGCCGGGGCAACUGAGAGACAUGGGGAAGAGAGUGAGGAGAGUUGGUUGGCGAAUGCCCCGAAUGAAGAUAUUGAGACUGCACUCCCUGCCGGUUAUAAACCCGUCGACGUCUUGUGGAAGCACUUGGAUCGCUGCACAGUUUGUUACUUAGACGAAGAAUACGAUAACAAUCUCCUGCUGCAAUGUGAUAAGUGCCAUAUGAUGGUGCAUAUGGAUUGCUAUGGAGAACAAGAACUCCCGGAUGGAGAUUUGUGGUUGUGUAAUCUAUGCGAACUUGACGCACCCAAGCCCCGACCUCCUUGUUGUCUCUGUCCUAUCACAGGCGGAGCGAUGAAGAAGACAACAGAUGGCCGCUGGGCUCAUCUUAUGUGCGCUAUGUGGAUACCUGAAACAUGUUUCGUAGAUGUAAAGCGAAUGGAACCUAUCCAUGGAAUCAAGGCAGUUAGCAAAGAGCGUUGGAGGCUGACUUGCGUCGUAUGCAAAGUACUUUAUGGUGCAUGUAUUCAGUGCCCUGUGAGGAGUUGUACAACGGCUUUUCAUCCUCUUUGUGCAAGAUCAGCUGGACUUUGCAUGGAGCUUCAAGAAGAGAAGCACAAGAAGUAUGGAAAAUCUGAUAUGAGAUUGCUUGCGUAUUGUCGGAAACACAAGCAGCCAACUAAUUCAACGUGCGAAGUUGCUCAACGGAUCCCACACGUUAUGACUGAUUGCAUGUCGUACUGUCCACCAUUGAACUCCUCUGGCUGCGCUCGUAGCGAACCCUACAAUGCAGCAGCAAGACGUGGGCGUCGAGAACCCGAUGCGCUUGCUGCAGCCCUUGCCAAACGCUUGUUUGUUGAAAAUCUUCCGUACAGUGUUACUGGUUGUAGACAAAACCCUCCCCCGAAGGUAGCAGGUUACACAAACGGAGGAAGUUUGUGGUCAUUGCACUGGGAGGCCAGCAAAGGGUCCGUUGGCGCAUCUGCCCUCUCUGACCCCACCCGUCCGAAGUCUGAUGAAGAGGCUGAGAUCUUGUCGAUGUCAGACAAGUUCCGCAGAAUGAAGGGAUCUUUGAGCCAGCGCCUCGUGUUCGGUAAAUCAGCAAUUCACGGAAUGGGGGUGUUUACAAAACGUGUACACUACGCAAAUGACAUGAUAAUCGAGUAUGCUGGCGAAGUUGUCAGACCCGUAGUUGCUGACAGCAGAGAAAGAAGACACUACGACUCACUUGUUGGGGCAGGAACUUACAUGUUCCGAAUUGAUGACGAGCGUGUAGUAGAUGCCACCACGACUGGCUCUAUCGCGCAUCUCAUCAACCAUUCUUGUGAGCCCAACUGUUAUUCGAGAACUGUUACUGCGAGUGGAGAAGAUCGGAUCAUCAUUUUUGCGAAGCGGGACCUUGAGAUUGGGGAGGAGCUGACAUACGACUACAGGUUCAUGUCGAAGACGGAGGUUUUAACCUGUUAUUGUGGGUCUGCUGGCUGUAGAGGAUCUGUCAAUGUCCAAGACGAAGACGGAGACCCCACCAAGUUGUGCAUACCACUGUCAGAUCUGUUUAAAGUGUCCUCAACAACCAGAGGACAAUCACAUUAAUGUCUUUUCAUGCAGGGACCCCUGUCCUACUUCCAGAGUCCCGCUUACACUAGACGAGCUUUCUCAGGCUGGCCUGGCGUCUGUAGAGUUCAAGCAACGAAAAUCUCGUUCUCCCGACUACCGUCACCUCCAACUAUCCCAAAGUAGGACGUGGUUGCAAGACAUAAUCGAUUUCUUCUGUUACGCUGCUCUGCGCCUGCAACUGCACAACAAUUUUGCCGAAAAUCGAUGAAGGCCUUUUGCUUUACAUAUUUGGUAUUCAAGCAUGGUUGGAUUUGGGUCACCAGCAAAAGCUGCUGGAGUUGCGGAAUGCAGCUCCUCAAAUAAUACGAGGUCAUACAUGCAAACAGAAUUUGUACAGUAGGAUAUUCUAUUAAAUUAUUGUUUUCGUGGCAUGCCUUUGGGCUCCGGGGUGCAUAGAGAAACGGGAUACAAUUUCAUCCUUCCUCGACUUUUUCUUUCCAAACACGACCAAGUCGUUAUCCUAUCCUGAAAUAUUAUUUCUGUGAA